UGAUGUUUUCGGCACCUAAUCCGAUGUAUUCAAAUAAAGAUUAUUUAAAUUGUAUAGAUUAUGCAAAAAUACAUUAUGGAGGAAAACAUGUAAGGGAUGCUCCAUACUUGAUUAUGGAACAUCCUUUCUGUAACACUGAUACAUACUUGAUCUACUUUCAUGCAAAGGACGAAGAUAUGUAAUUAAAGUCUCCCUAAUCCUUAGUAACUAUGCUUAGUAGUUUAUAUAUGAAAUCUAACAAUCUUGUAAAUUCAACGCCAUCUUAUCUGAAUACCCUGGUUAUGGAAUCUACCAAAAUGUCGAUGUUCAUGAUUCUGUAGUCGAAUAAGAUGCUCUUCAAUUGUUUGAUCAUAUCCAAGACAAAUAUAAAUUAAAAAACAAUCAAAUCAUUGUUUUCGGAAGGUAUCGACUACAUUUAAACAAAGAUCCAUAGGAACAGGGCCAGCCUUCUAUAUCAAUAGUUUAAGACAAUGCAGAGCAGUUAUUGCACUUAGUUCAUUUACCUCUAUUAGAGAUAUUGUCAAAGAAAAAACAUUUGAAUGGGUGGCAAAUCUAAUCCCCUCGAAAUUUGAUAACUUACAACGAGCUCAAAAUGCUAAGUCUCCUAUGCUCUUGAUACAUGGUGCUGAGGAUGAUAUCGUAAAUAAAUAGCACACAGAAAUUCUGUUCGCCAAGUUUUGCUUUUUAUUCUAUUCCAUAGUCUUCCCAAUAAAGUGAAGGCAUAAUCAGUAAAAAGGAUUAGACCAGACAUGACACACAACGAUUACAUUUUUGAACAUGAUAUCAUAGCUCCGAUAUAACUAUUCUUCCCUGAUCUCAGUAUACAAUAACGAUUUAGAUAUUGAUAUUUUAUUCAUUUAAUUAUUUCAAAUUAUACUAUACUAUAAUAAAGUAAGGGUUAUAAAUAAUGAUAAGGCAUNUCUGAGAUAAUCUAGGAUUCUGUUUCUGAAUUAUCUCAAAAAAAUACUGAAGUCAAAUUACCAAAUGAGGGAGGAUUCGAAUAUGGAGAUCAAUUGGAUAAAAUAGGCUAGGCUGCAUAACUCAAAUAAACAGGCAUCAAAAUGUAUUAUUUGUUAUGGCAAAAGCGAUCUAAUGGUACUCAUUAAUCUAAGAAAUUAGGUAUAAUUCCAAAAAAUCGAUGGGUGAGCAGUGAGUAUCUGUAAAAACAUGAUAUCAAGUCAUUGUGUUACUAUCUAUAAAAAAAAUUAUAAUGA